AGAAGCUCUCCACAUCGCCGUUCUUCCCUCUCGGGCUUCUCUUCUCUCUCGCCGUCUUGUGUUCAACCAGUCAACGAUCUCAGAUCUUGGAUCUUGGAUCUUCCUUCCUCACAUCUGCCGUUGCCCGUUGACACUGCAUGCAAAACCGGCAAGGCUACACCAAGACUUAGCGAGGAUAAAGUCAAGCAGUGUGUUGAUCCGAAACUUGGAGCAGAAUAUCCACCCAAAGGUCAACAACCUAGCCUUGCCAAUUCAGUUAGAUGGCUUCAAAUUCAGACAUCCACUGCCACUGAUCUACGUUCUGAGUUGAAGGAGCUAAUUCCAGAAUAUCAGUUCCUCUUAGUCAUGUUAAUGUGGGACAUCACUCACAAGAAAAUAGAUGGAAGUUAUGUUAAUGAAAAGGCUAAAGAAAUAGCGGAGAAGAUUGAAGUACAUAGCAGCCAACAACCGAUGGAAUUAACUGUUAAUUCUCCUCUUAAUACUCUUGGAGUAGUUUUUGGGAAAGAGCACCCUGGUCGUGUUCGAGGUUUAGGUAUGAGAGCUGUUCCAACAAUUGCUUUCAAGAACAACACUACAAGGAUUAGUCAAAUGAAUUUAGGUUCUUCAAAUGAUGUUGGCACAUCAUCUACUUGUGGUCCAAAUGUGCAAGAAGAGUUGGAUACCGUUAAAGCGCAAUUGCAAGCGCUAGUCUCCUAUAUUGCUUCUAAGGAAGGGGGUAAAAUUCCAAUACAAUUGGCUGGAAUAUUUUCUACUCAACAAGUUUCACAGGGAUUGGAUCAAGAGAGUGAGAUUCCAUCACCAAAAGAGUUAGGAAGUAGGUCUUUUGGAGCAAGCAACAAGGAAGCAUGAUCUUGCUUGAUAUGUUAAGACGUAUAUUAAGAAUUAUAUGUUAAGACGUAUUAUUGAAAAAUGUUACUUUGAUACUUUGUUUUUGGAUUAUGACACACUACAACAUUUUUGGCCUAAGGUAACACU